UCGUUGCUCAGCGUAAACCGUAGAACAUCAACACCUGGACUGCUAAGGAUCAUUUUUUAGGAACUUCUUGAUUUUCUAUUAUUGCUGACUGGAUACAAUAAACUCUGUAAUGAGAUCGGAAUCAUGGCUCGCUCAAAGUUUUUUAGUCUCUCUCCUGUUCUUAAAGACAGGCUUUACUGCUGAAUUUGAGAUUAGUGUUCCUCGUGAGCCACAGCUUGCCAUCUUGGGUCAGUAUGUGGUCCUCGACUGCAGUUUUCCAGUGGGAAAGACCUGGACCCUGGACAGUACUGUGAUUACAUGGCAGAGAGGCCUGGAGGUAAUACACAGCUUCUACUAUGGGCAGGACCAACUGGAAAGACAGAGCCAUCACUAUUACAACAGAACCAGCCUGUAUCACUCAGAGAUUGAGAGGGGUAAUGCCUCUCUUAGACUGGAACGUACCAACCUGGGGGACAGCGGACACUAUACCUGCUCUGUGAGCACAUUGCUGGGAAAUCAGAAGAAAACCUUCCAGCUGAAAUUAGCAGCAUUCUACCCUGAGCCACACCAGGACCUCACAGUGUCUCCUGAUAGUGUGGAUCUACUCCUGAUAUCAAAGGGAGGGUAUCCCCACCCCACAGUGCAGUGGCUGGAUGACAGACAUGAUGUCAUCAGUGACAUAGUUACAAACAUCUCAGUGGAUACAGUGGGACUAUACACUGUGUUCAGUAUACUGACCAUACAGAAACCAGUCAACACCACCUUCACCUUUGUCCUAGAAAACAAAGAUUUGGGACAGGAGAUCAGGAGGGAGAUCACACUUCGCUUAGGGGGUGAUGUUAUGUUACCUGUGGUCCCCAAGGAGAGAUGCCGGUGGAUUGUUUUCCUGCCUUUCAUUUUCCUUUUAAUAUUUGCAUUCCUGGUUUUAGUUUUAUUGUGGAAAAGCUCAUUUGAGAAAACAAGAACAAUAAUAAAUAGCAGUCAGAAAGGAAACCAUACCGGAUUACUAAAGAAGAAUUUCCCCAUUCAGAAAACGUUACUACCACAUGAUACUCUUUUAUUUCAACAACCUUGAUGUCGCAGUCCAAGUAUUGUACGUAUCCGUACAUCUAACAUCUAAGUUUUAUUAUGGAAAACAUACACUGGACAAUCAAAAGAGCAGAAAACUGGUCAACAGGAGCCAAAUCAGUAUUCUGGAUCAUCGCUAACCUUUGGAUGAUUAUUUAUUAUAAUGGCGGACAAUGUAAUCUCAUUUAUAAUUUCUAUUUUUGGAUUUGAAGAGUUUUUUAUAGGGUUUGUUUAAUGUAUUUUCUAUUAUUUAUUAAUAGUUAAAAACUCACUGCUUCAAUAAACUUGACCUCACAAUCAACAAGGUUUGAUUGUGAUCUCUUUACACCUGAGAA